AUGGAGACCAGAUCGAUCCGGACGCGCGUAACCAACGCUUGCGACCUCUGCAAGCUACGAAAAAUUAAAUGCAGUGGCGCACAACCAUGCGCGUACUGUUUAAGACGGCGGCAGCCGGACAGCUGCCGUUACACCGCUCCGCGACGCCGGCCGAGGCCCCGCUCUGACGAUGUCGCCGCCCAGGACCGGGACCAGCCCUCCCCGUCGAGGAUAGCCCAUUCUGUUUCGGCACACCACGACCGUCAAAACCGGCACUCGAACCACUCAUCUCACCAUCCUACGCCAAUACCGACGCCCUCUCACACCGCACCUCUUGUUGGCGCUGCCUCCCCUAACGUCUCGCUUGCACCAGCCGCACCCGCCUUACACUCCGGCCCCGAAGAGCCAUUACCCCAGGACACCGUUUUUGCCGCCCUUGAGGAACACGAAGAGACCGAAGUCCCUCGCGAGGCCCGCCUCCUUUGUGACGCCCAAGGCAAACUCAUCUUCAUCGGCGACUGCGCGCCCCUGUCCUUUUUCCAGACCGUUCGGAGGCUUGUGACAACGCGCGUCGAUGCCAAUGCUUUCGCCCCCGAGACCAGUGGCUACUCGGCCCUAGAGAAUGUCUACUCGCGCCCCGGAACAUCUGGCAGCUACGGAGGUGAGCCGCCGCCGAUCAAAUUGCCUACGGGGCCUACGGUGUCUGCCUACCUCGACGUGACAGCCGGGCUCAUCGACUUGUUCGACAACACCCGUCUGGCGGAUGAUAUCGCCGCCUGGGCCGAACACGCCCAGCCGCGUGACAAGGCCGUCGAUGUUCCCUCGGCGGUGAACUACCUGGUGCUCGCCAUCGGCUGCCAGAAGUCGGACGAGCACACCGCCCAGCUGUACUUUGACUACGCCCGGAGCGUUGCCUUCGCCAGUCUCAGCGCCAACGUGGGGGUUGCCAGUGUCCAAGUGUUCAUCCUCAUCACCAUUUACUCACUCGGCGCAUGCCAACUCAACGGCGCUUUUCUCUUCUUUGGCAUUGCUGCUCGAGCAGCCUAUUCCAUCGGCAUCCACCGGACAGCCGUGAACGCUAGCACCUCCAUGGGCCGUCCGCCCGCUACGUCGGACGUUGAUUGCACGGUACCGUGCAGGGCACAGGACGAGGCUGGCCACGAGAAGUUUGACCUGCUGAACGCGUCUGCCCAAAUCUUCUUGGUCAUUGAGGCUAUCGUGAUGGAAGUCUACUCACGACGCAAAAUCUCACCUCGGCUGACCGAAGGCAUCUCACGCGAGCUGCGGGACUGGUCAACCCGCUGGCUGCACCGAUUAAAGGACGUCGUGGACGGGACGUCGCCCGAGGACCAGCCAGGGAUGGCCAAUGGCGCCUGCCAGAUCCUUUCCUCGUACUACUAUGCCGUAAUUCUCGUUUCACGGCCCUUCCUCAUGGUGGAACUGCACCGGAGGUUAUCAGAGGGGAAUUCCCUUGCCGGUGCCGGCCUCACCGGCAAGUCGAAGCUGGCCGAUGCCUGCAUCGAUGCGGCCAUUCUCAUGGUGGAACCGGUCCAGAGCCUGAUCGAGCGAGGCUUGAUGACGCGCCGUGCUCCCGUAAUUAUCUCGUGGCUCUUUGCCUCGUCACUUGUGCUCGGUGUCGGUCUGCUCGGAGGGUUCGGCCGUAUUAUCGAGAAGCAUUGCCGGGCGUCUAUUGCUGCCCUCGAGUACUUUGCCCAGGCCGACGCUCACGCGAUGCAGUACUCGCUCAUCGCCAAGUCCCUGCUCAGCACUGCGCUACAAUACCUCGAACGGAGAGAGAUACAGGAGCGGCAGCAGAGAACCGAGAGCUCGUCCCAGCUGUUCGGCCUCAUUCCCCGGGCGCCACGCGCGAGCAACGACCGUGGCCGGGCACCGUCAGGGAGCUGGCAAAGCGGGAGUCCCCCAAAAGGGGCCGGCAGGUCAGACAAAAUUGGCUCGGGGAACGCCGACGAAGAGGAACCGCGCUUCAACUUCGAUUUCGAGUCGACUUUCCUCGGCCUGACCGACACCCUCCCACGGACGCCAGACUUCUCGCUCAUGGGGGGGUCUCUGGAUGCUGAUGCCGAGCAGACCUUUGGCGCCCUCAACCUCUUUCCGUUGCUGGAGACGGAUGGCCACAUCGACUUGGCCAACUAUUUUUGA